GACGCUUUGACGGUUUGAUCCGUAGAGCUUCGCCAUGGGGUUCGGCUCCUUGCUGCGUAAUUUUGCAGAAGAGGCAGGCCUGUGGCAUACGUCGCAGGGCACCAAACGCCUGCGAGAUUCCUUCCAGGAGGCUCAACUCCAGGAGACAAAGCCAGCUAAAGCUGCUACCUCGGCAAAAGCAGGCCCGGCCAAGUUGAAGGGGCACAAACAUCACCAACAUCAUGACGAGACAAAUCUUGCUGCCAAAGAAGCAGAAGAGCUUGAGGAGACGCUGCUAGGAAAAGAUGAGCUGGAAGGUAGACCAGAUCAUGGGGAAGCUGGAAUCGAGGACUUCAUGAAGAUGAAGCGGCCGAUCCAGAAGGAAUACAGGGUGCUGGUGGAUACAGAUGUCAGGCCAGGGAGUGGCACCAGUGGUGACAUCUACAUCCAAUUGCAGGGGAAUCGUGGGAAGACGGAUCUCAUCCACUUGAAGCAAGGCUUUGUGGACUCCUCUCGCGUGGAAUUCUCGAUCUUUGCGAAGGAUGUUGGACAAGUGGACACGAUCCGAUUGGCCAAUGACUCACCCAGCCUUUGGACAGUGGAUCGUGUGUACCUUGAGGGUCCAGAAGGUUGGCGAGAAUUCCCUUUUGGCCAAGCACUGGGCUGGCCCAACAACCCAGAGGCCACUGUGCUUCCCAGCCUCGUCUCUCCUGAAGUGGAGGAGGAGUCCAUGAACUUCUUGACCCUUGCCCUUGCUCCAACUUCCUUCAGGCCGAAGGGAGAGAAUGCGCGCCUGGGCGGGGGAGAUGUGUCACCAAGGCCUUUGUUGACACUGCAAUAGGGGUCGC